AUAUGGAUAGUCAAGACGAGAGGCGUGAUCGCAUAGUCGGCGAAGAUAGAGCUGACAAUGUAAAUGGACACACUGAGCGACCACGUGGUAGCGGUCACGAAGGUAGGCCCUCGGGGGAUAGGGAAGAAUUGUUUGACGUGUUUGGUCUAUUUAGAAGCUACUUUGAUUCACAGUUGUCAUCGUUAAAAAGGGAUAUUACAAGCCAUAAAAAUGUUGAUAAAAUUGAUGUGCCUGCUUUCAAGAGUGCCUCGUGUAAACAUCAGUUCGUAUUCAAUACUGAAAUCUGCUCUUUGCUUCAAUGUAUAUUGGACAGCGAUAGUCUUGGCUUUGCCAAAGAAAAGGCAAAAGAAGGUUUGAAACAACUAACUUACAGAAAUAAACUUGUCAGGUUAGCUGAUUCUUCCCCCGAGGGCUGGGCCACUGUUGCUGAAUAUGAAAAACCAGUAGUAAGGUCGGAUAGUGAUGAUGAAAUGAAAAUAAACAAAGCCGAGGCUAGAGCUGUCAAAAAACUGAAAUCAAAUCCUUCUAAUUCGUUGAAUGUACGUUCUGUUUUCAAUCUUUUGGCUGAUCGACCAUAUGCUUCCGCUUCCCCGGCUCCACCAGCGCAGGAUCCUUUUGUUGGUCCUCUUUUCCCAUCUCGACCGAUGGCUACGGAGGUCGAGCGCCAACAGUUUUUUCGGCCCUAUCCAGCCAGAGCCGGCGCAAACACCACGUGCUUCGCUUGUGGACGACAAGGCCAUUUCUGGCGCGAGUGCGAGUGGGUUAACCGUUUCCAGGGAAACAUCGUGCCUAGACGUGAGACCGGAAAUCCAGAUAGAAAACCUAUCAUAUGAUAAGUAUAUUGCUGGUUUAGACAUUUCUGACAUUGAUGCGCAUU